CCACGAGAAUAACAACCUGAUUUCGUAAUGCGCCGCGGGUCGAGGGGGAAAACGGGAGAAAAGUACGAGAAUAACAACCAAAGCGAAGCGUGGAAAAUACUUGGCGGGGGAGUUUCUGGUGCGUAAUCUUGUGGGCCGCUGUGGCAAGUGGAAACUCUGGCAGCCAAGUGAAGCACAACCCCCAGCUAGUGCCGGCUUCUUGCACACGCUCGUGCUCGGCAAAUGCUGGACGUUUUUUUCUCGGUGAUCUUGGCAAACCAAGACCGUCGAUUUGUGCAGUGAUAACGUGUUUCGAUUCUUAUCUGUGUUGAUUUGUCGUGAAACAUCUCCUGCUCCAAGGUUGUCCCUUUUUUUUGUCUUUUUGCCGUUCCCAUCGCGGCAAGAUGCACGAGGUCGUUGGCAGCGCGAGAAUCGGUUUCUGACGCACCGAGCUUGACUCGCAUACCCCCCGGGGGGUGGUUUUCGGUGGGAAAAUAACUGUUCUUCCACGGGAGUUGCAGACCGGCCCCCGUUGCCCUUUCGCGUUUUGUGGAGGGCUGCGAGAAGAAGAAGCUGCGCCACCAUCACCUCAGUUUGUGCGUUUUCGAUUCGCGAAUCGAUUGUGUAAGCGACUUCCUGGCACGAAGACACGGUAGUGACGAAAUUACACGCACGGGUCGUCGGUUGUCACGAAUGUGUUUGGCGAAAAUUUGGUGCGAGAACGCAUCAGAGUAAUCGUCGGGAUAAGGAACCCCAAAAGUGAACUGCCCCCCUGUGCGUAAUGGUUGCUUGGACCGGAUCACCACGGCGCCACGUCCGGAUACUGCUGGUCGGGGAUCAGGGUGUUGGCAAAACGUCCCUCAUCCUGUCGCUGGUCAGCGAAGAGUUCCCGGAAGACGUACCGGCAAAGGCGGAAGAGAUUACCAUCCCGGCCGAUGUGACACCGGAGCAGGUGCCCACCAACAUUGUUGACUAUUCCGCCGCCGAACAAACGGAUGAAACGUUGGCAGAGGAAAUUCGUAAGGCGCACGUCGUCUGCAUCGUCUACUCGGUGGAGUGUGAGGAGACGUUGGAUGGCAUCACGGAACGGUGGCUUCCGAUGGUGCAAAAAUGCUCGGAAACGGAGCGAAAACCGGUCGUACUCGUUGGCAACAAAAUCGAUCUUGUCGAUUUCUCAACAAUCGAUCAUGUACUGUCAAUUAUGGAGGACUAUCCGGAGGUCGAAAGCUGCGUUGAAUGUUCCGCCAAAACGCUGCACAACAUUUCCGAGAUGUUCUACUAUGCUCAGAAGGCAGUGCUACACCCAACGGCUCCUCUGUAUAUCAUGGAAGAUCAGGAUCUAACGGAACAGUGCAAAAAGGCGCUGGUGCGGAUCUUCAAGGUGUGCGACAUUGAUGGCGAUGGGUUGCUGAAUGAUUACGAGCUUAAUCACUUCCAGCGCCGGUGCUUCAAUGCCCCUCUCCAGCCGCAGGUGCUGGACGAGGUGAAGGCGGUGCUGAUGAAGAAUACUCCCGACGGGAUUCGCAACGAUUCGGUCACGCUGAGUGGAUUCCUUUUCCUGCACUGUCUGUUUAUACAGCGAGGACGUAACGAGACGACAUGGGCCGUCCUGCGACGAUUCGGAUACAAUGAGAACCUGGAAAUCAGCGACGAGUAUCUGCACCCGCCCGUAAAAAUUCCUCCCGGCAGCAGUACGGAACUAUCGCACCGCGGACAACAGUUUUUGAUCUCCAUUUUCGAACGAUCCGAUCGUGACGGAGACGGUGCGUUGUCACCCGAAGAGUUCCAAAAGCUGUUCAGCGCCUGUCCCUCGCCUCCGUUUUCCACCGACAUCCGACGCACGAUUCCGACGAAUGAGAACGGUUGGCCAACGUUACACGGAUGGUUGUGCCGCUGGAGCCUGAUGACGCUGGUGGAUGUGAACAAAACACUCGAAUAUCUCGCGUACCUUGGCUUCAAUGUGCACGAGAAUGAGUCGCAGCUGGCCGCCAUUCACAUCACCCGCGAACGGCGCAUCGAUCUGGCGCGAAAGCAAAACAGCCGCUCGGUGUACAUGUGCCACGUGAUUGGUCCAAAGGAUGCCGCCAAAACGACCUUCUGUCGGGCGUUCUUGGCGCAGGACAUGAAGCGGUUAACCGAUCGUGACAUUCGCCAUAGCAAUCGAUAUGCAAUCAAUACGGUGCAAGUGUACGGCCAAGAAAAGUAUCUGGUGCUGCGAGAUGUGGAUGCGCGGUUAGUACUCGAUCCGUUGCAGCCGGGCGAAGUGAACUGCGAUGUGGCCUGCCUCGUUUACGACAUCGGUAAUCCUAAGUCGUUCGAGUACAUCGCACGGAUAUACAUUAAAUACUUUGCCGAGAGCAAAAUUCCCGUACUGAUCGUUGGCACCAAGGCUGACCGGGAAGAGGCACGACAGGAGUAUCUGCUGCAGCCACCCGACUUUUGCCACAAGUACAAACUGCUACAACCGCAGUUCUUCAGCGUAAAGCACAACAAGAAGGACGUUUAUACCAAGCUGGCAACGAUGGCCGCCUUUCCACGAUUCCAAGCGGCGUGGAUUCUGUUUUAUAAACAUAGAUUGGUACAGCUAUGGGAAACAACCCACUUGAAACAGUUCGGGCUUGUGUCGAGUGAUCCACUGCUCUGGUGGAAGGCUGGCCUCGGCAUUGCGGCGGCCACGAUUGUCGGAUUUUUCGUCGUCAAAGCGUUCCACGGUCCCGGCUCAGCACGAUGAGGUGGAUCAACUACCCAAUAGGUUCAAUAGCUCGAUUGUGCGAUGAAUACCGUGGUACCAGUUCGUAUGUUGGGAAUUCAAUUUAUCGGACCCUUGUAAAUAGGACAAUAGAGCGAGUAGUAAUCAUUUUUCGAGAGAUUAGAGAAGCAGGUAGGUGUUAGUGUUGCAAGCAUAUACAGGCCAAUAAUAGCCAAAAACUUACCGUUUCAAUCUGUUCCGAUUUUGCGAUUGCUUUAUUUUUAUCGCUUUGUUUGGCGAAAUACGAUGAAGCAGCUCCAAUAAUACACAUUGUUGCGAGCCAAAUUGGCAUGUAUCGCAAUCCAACGGAAUUCGAAUGAGGCAAAUUACAUACAGGCAAAACUUAGGGUGAGAGGCAGGGAGAACGACACUCCAAAAACACUCCUACCUUUUUGCACUACCCAGUGUUUAUAAUACUAAAUUUGACACGAUACGAUCGUUUGUUCGCAGUCUGUACAGAAGCCCUUCUUAUUGUCAUUAGUCGAAGCAGCAAGUCCUUGCCAAUUUUUUUUUGUUAAAACUUUUCAUUUCUUCAACACUCUUGGCAGCGUAGAUCAACGCCGAGCUUAUUUAGAGAAGGCAUCUUAGGCGCAAGUUACUUCCGGUAGCAACAGUCAACUUUCUUCUAAAUGAAGGUAACCGAAAAACGACCGGCGCCACAUUGGCAGACACACAUGCGCGACCGAGAACGACGAGAAGAAGUGGUAGAGGGGCAAAAUUCGGAAACGCUUCUGGUAAAAUGCUCUAGUGAGCCACAUAGAACAAGGGAAAAUACACGAAACAAUCCAAAUAAUACUAAACGUUCU